AUGGGAAAAGAUUAUUAUAAAAUACUUGGACUGCAAAAGGGUGCUUCAGAUGAUGAACUUAAGAAGGCUUACAGAAAGAUGGCGCUCAAGUAUCACCCCGAUAAAAAUAAAGCUGCGGGAGCGGAAGAGAAGUUUAAAGAAGUCGCGGAAGCUUACGAGGUUCUGAGUGAUCCUAACAAAAAAGAAAUAUAUGACAAAUAUGGAGAAGAGGGUCUUAAAAGAGGAGCUGGUGGUGCAAAUGACGGUGGUGGCACCAGCACAACUUACACAUUUCAUGGAGACCCGCAUGAAACGUUUAGAAUGUUUUUCGGUGGUGAAGAUCCUUUCAAAAUGUUUGGAGGCAUGCCUGGAAACAGCUCUUUUCAGUUUACUAGUAACAUGGAUGUGGAUGAUGACGGUCCUGGUGUCAAUAUGUUUUCAAAUUUUUUCCCUGGUAUGGGUGGUGGUAAUAUGGGCAGUGGAGUUCACAGAAGUUACUCACAAGGAUCACAUGAUAGCCAGAAAAAACAAGAUCCAACUAUAACAUAUGAUGUUCUGGUUACUUUAGAAGAAGUUUAUAAAGGAACAAACAAGAAAAUGAAAAUAACAAAAAAAGUGUUAAGUCCUGACCGCAGAACAACAAAACCGGAAGACAAAAUUUUAGCUUUGGAAAUUAAACCAGGCUGGAAAGAGGGAACAAAAAUAACAUUUGCUAAAGAGGGUGACCAGAAACCAAACAAGAUUCCUGCUGAUAUAGUCUUCAUCAUCAAAGAUAAGCCUCAUCCACUUUUUGUCCGAGAUGGAUCAGAUAUUAAAUACAAACACAAACUAUCCUUGAGAGAUGCAAUUCUAGGAACAACAAUACAAAUACCAAAUCUUGAUGGGCGUAGAAUAUCGAAGGAAAUUGGACCAUUGCGUAGUUCAUCAUAUACUUUAAAGAUUCCUAAUGAAGGUCUCCCUAUUUCAAAAACGCCAAACAAGAGAGGUGAUCUCAUUGUUGAAUUUGAAGUCUUCUUUCCAGACAAUCUACCAGCAACCACUAGAAACAGAAUUGCAGAUCUAUUAAGAUGA